CCGGAAUGCACAGCCGCGAGCGAAUCUUGUAGCCGCGAUGGUAGGAUUCGCCUCGUAGUGCCCGAAGCCGGGCAAGGUGGCCCGCUCUCCGCCCUUGUAACGAAGAAGAGCUUUGCGGAGACCGCUGGCCCAGGUGGCCGGACACGGCGGUGAGGCGGAACUGUUUUGUGGCCUGUUUGAUUCCUAGCAAAGAUUUACUUGUCCACGUCCGUAGUGAAAAAUGCACAUUAAGUCAAUCAUUCUUGAGGGAUUCAAGUCCUAUGCUCAGAGGACUGAAGUCAAUGGUUUUGACCCCCUCUUCAAUGCUAUCACUGGUUUAAAUGGCAGUGGGAAAUCCAACAUAUUGGACUCCAUCUGCUUUUUACUGGGCAUCUCCAACCUGUCUCAGGUUCGGGCUUCUAAUUUACAAGAUUUAGUUUACAAAAAUGGACAAGCUGGUAUUACCAAGGCCUCAGUCUCGAUCACCUUUGACAAUUCUGACAAAAAGCAAAGUCCUUUAGGAUUUGAGGCCCAUGAUGAAAUUACAAUAACAAGGCAGGUGGUUAUUGGUGGCAGAAAUAAAUAUUUAAUCAAUGGAGUAAAUGCAAACAACACCAGAGUACAGGACCUCUUUUGUUCUGUUGGCCUUAAUGUUAACAACCCUCACUUUCUCAUCAUGCAGGGCCGAAUCACAAAAGUAUUGAAUAUGAAACCUCCAGAGGAAAGAUCUUCCUACUUGGAAUACCAAAAAGUUAUGAGGGAAAUAGAACACUUGAGUCGUUUACAUAUUGCUUAUCAGUUUUUGCUGGCUGAAGAUACCAAAGAACGCUCAACUGAGGAGUUAAAAGAAAUGCAGGAUAAAAUUGUUAAGCUCCAAGAGGAAUUGUCUGACAAUGAUAAAAAAAUAAAAACACUUAGCCAUGAAAUAGAAGAGUUGGAAAAAAGAAAAGAUAAGGAAACUGGAGGUGUACUCCGAUCCUUAGAAGAUGCUCUUGCAGAAGCUCAGAGAGUUAAUACUAAAUCUCAAAGCGCCUUUGAUCUCAAGAAGAAAAAUCUGACAAGUGAAGAGAACAAACGCAAAGAGCUGGAAAAAAAUAUGAUUGAGGAUUCUAAAACUCUAGCAGCAAAGGAAAAAGAAGUUAAAAAAAUUGCAGAUGGGCUGAACACCCUUCAGGAAGCAAGUCAUAAAGAUGCCGAAGCUUUGGCUGCUGCACAGCAGCACUUCAAUGCUGUUUCUGCCGGCCUGUCCAGUAAUGAAGAUGGAGCAGAAGAAACUCUUGCUGGUCAAAUGAUGGCCUGUAAAAAUGACAUAAGUAAAGCUCAGACAGAAGCCAAACAGGCUCAGAUGAAAUUGAAACAUGCCCAACAAGAAUUAAAGACUAAAAAAGCUGAAGUUAAGAACAUGGAUAGUGGCUACAGGAAGGAUCAAGAAGCUCUAGAGGCUGUGAAGAAACUUAAAGAAAAACUUGAAGCCGAAAUGAAAAAGCUAAAUUAUGAAGAAAACAAGGAGGAAAGGCUUUUGGAAAAGCGAAGGCAGCUAUCUCGUGAUAUCAGUAGAUUGAAAGAAACAUAUGAAGCUCUCCUGGCCAGGUUUCCCAACCUUCAAUUUGCCUACAGGGAUCCAGAGAAGAACUGGAAUAGAAAUUGUGUGAAAGGACUUGUAGCUUCUUUGAUUAGUGUGAAAGACACUUCUGCAACCACAGCUUUAGAAUUGGUAGCUGGAGAACGACUCUACAAUGUUGUAGUAGACACAGAGGUUACUGGAAAAAAGCUACUACAAAAGGGGGAACUGAAGCGUCGAUACACUAUAAUCCCACUCAAUAAAAUUUCUGCCACAUGUAUUGCUCCAGAAACUCUGAGGAUUGCUCAGAACCUUGUUGGCCCUAACAAUGUUCAUGUGGCUCUUUCCCUGGUUGAAUACAAACCAGAACUUCAGAAAGCAAUGGAAUUUGUCUUUGGAACAACGUUUAUUUGUGACAAUAUGGAUAAUGCAAAAAAAGUGGCCUUUGAUAAAAGAAUAAUGACUAGAACUGUAACUCUAGGAGGUGAUGUAUUUGAUCCUCAUGGGACAUUGAGCGGAGGUGCUCGAUCCCAGGCAGCUUCUAUUUUAACCAAGUUUCAAGAACUCAAAGAUGUUCAAGAUGAGCUGAGAAUCAAGGAGAAUGAGCUACGGGCUCUAGAAGAAGAAUUAGCAGGUCUUAAAAACACUGCCGAAAAGUAUCACCAAAUAAAACAGCAGUUAGAGAUGAAAAGUGAGGAGGCAGAUUUAUUACAAACCAAGCUCCAGCAAAGCUCAUAUCACAAGCAACAAGAAGAAUUAGAUGCUCUUAAAAAAACCAUUGAGGAAAGUGAGGAGACCUUAAAAAAUACCAAGGAAAUUCAAAACAAAGCAGAAGAAAAAUAUGAAGUAUUGGAGAACAAAAUGAAAAAUGCAGAAGCUGAAAGAGAGAAAGAACUGAAGGAUGCUCAGAAGAAACUUGAUUGUGCCAAAACAAAAGCAGAUGCUUCCAGCAAGAAAAUGAAAGAAAAACAACAGGAAGUUGAAGCCAUCACUCUGGAGCUGGAAGAGCUCAAGAGAGAACAUGCAUCCUGUGAGCAACAGCUUGAAGCAGUAAACGAAGCUAUCAAAUCCUAUGAAGGUCAGAUUGAAGUGAUGGCAGCUGAGGUGGCUCAAACUAAGGAGUCAUUAAAUAAAGCUCUAGAAGAGUUGACCAAGCAAAAAGAAGUGAUAACAGCCCAAGACAAUGUAAUUAAAGCUAAAUAUGCAGAAGUGGCGAAAUAUAAGGAACAAAACAAUGACUCUCAGCUUAAAAUUAAGGAACUGGACCACAAAAUCAGCAAACAUAAACGGGAAACUGAAGAUGCUGCUGCAAAGGUAUCCAAAAUGUUGAAAGAUUAUGACUGGAUUAAUGCAGAGAAACACCUCUUUGGGCUACCAAAUAGCGCCUAUGAUUUCAAAACUAACAACCCAAAAGAAGCUGGUCAGAGACUUCAGAAGUUGCAAGAAAUGAAGGAAAAACUAGGAAGAAAUGUCAACAUGAGAGCCAUGAAUGUACUGACAGAAGCUGAGGAGCGGUAUAAUGACUUGAUGAAAAAGAAGAGAAUUGUAGAAAAUGACAAAUCCAAAAUACUUGCAACUAUAGAAGACCUUGACCAGAAGAAAAACCAAGCCCUAAAUAUUGCUUGGCAAAAGGUGAACAAGGACUUUGGGUCUAUUUUUUCUACUCUUUUGCCUGGUGCUAAUGCUAUGCUUGCACCACCAGAGGGGCAAACUGUACUGGAUGGUCUGGAGUUCAAGGUUGCCUUAGGAAAUACUUGGAAAGAAAACCUAACUGAACUUAGUGGUGGUCAGAGGUCUUUAGUGGCUUUGUCAUUAAUACUGUCCAUGCUCCUUUUCAAACCUGCUCCGAUUUACAUCCUGGAUGAGGUCGAUGCAGCCUUGGAUCUUUCUCAUACCCAAAAUAUUGGCCAGAUGCUGCGUACUCAUUUCACACAUUCUCAGUUCAUUGUGGUGUCUCUUAAAGAAGGUAUGUUCAACAAUGCAAACGUCCUUUUCAAAACUAAGUUUGUGGACGGUGUUUCUACAGUAGCCAGAUUUACUCAAUGUCAAAACGGAAAACCUCCAAAGGAAACCAAAUCCAAGGCAAAAGGACCCAAAUGAUCACAUGUGGAAGUUGUAAAAGUACAAAUGUCCUCUUCAGCUUGACACGUUUUUUAAACAAACUUUUUAAGAACUUGGGAUUUCUCUAAUUUGUUUAUAUAAAAGUUUAAUGUUAUUUUGUUACUUAAUCUAUAUUUUCCCUUCCUUUAUAUAAUCACUUAUAAAUGAGCAUCGAUUCCUUUUUUCUUACAGUGUAACUAUUGCCUAAUUACUGUGAUUGUGAUUUUAUGUGUGUCAUCAGUUAUUUUUCUUACACAAGUCUUUUAUAUGUUAGGGAGCCCGAGAUACCUGGUUGGUGGUAAAUUCUGUUUGUAAAAGCAAAAAUACAAAGAAACAUGAAGUUAACUUACAGGAUAAAUAUAGCUGAUAAUCAGCUUUUGGUUUAAUUGCUAAGGUAAUAUUAGUGUUUUUCUAUUGCUGAUAAAGUUAUUCAAGUAAGAAGGAAUUAUAAAGCAAGGAGUUGGACCAACAAAGGGAACACAAGAAAAGCUAUUAGGCAGGCACUGAGCUAUUUGUGGCUAGUUCCUUGAGGACACAAUGCUAGAUCCCUGAUUUAGACUCGGAUGACAGAAAUCUUUCAGAAUCUGUUUACCAUUUUAUGAUGUUUGAAUAUCAUGUUUCUAUAUGCUUAGUAAUUGGUCUAUGCAGUGUUUUUUUAAAAUCUUUAUGAAUAUUUCAGUAGAAGCUUGGGGAAAGGUAUGUUGCAUGCUGUUGCUCCCUGCUGCAAGUUUAUCUGAAGUCACCUAAUAUUUUCAGAUUGUCAGCUUUUCACAGUCCAAUCAGUAACAGUCUGUUGGUGAACGAGAAUGUAGGUGCCAGCAGACCGAACCAAAUUUAUCAUUUUCCUUCAGUCUGAUAUAUGUUUAAGUAAAUUAGAUCCAUCUGUUCUACCAAAAGGACUCAGAAUUUGAUGAUUAUUAUGUUUUUUAAUGUCUUUUUAGUUCAAAAAAAUAAAGUUCUUUUAAGAACUCAAAAGAUUAUGCUAACGAACACCAUAAGAAUAGGUAUUAGUUUUUCUAGGUAUAUCCCCAGAAUACGGUCUCCAGUCUCUGAAUCUUGAGAGCUCUGACACGGUCUAAUCUGAUCACCACUGUGCUUUUUUGACCCCAUAUCCCUUCUCUCUCUCAUACUUCCAUUUUAGUUCCUUUGUGUUACGUUUUCCCUGAUCUGUGCUCACACUUAUUGGCCCUGGGUUUAACAUUUCUCACUCUGCAUUCUCAUACACGUGAGGGUAUCAAAUAACACCCAAGUAACCAAUAUUAUGGGUCACAUGGGAAAGGAUUGACUGGAAUUAGUUCUGUCUACUGUGGAGGUGAGGGAGACAAAAGCUGUAAGUGCUGAGUUACAGGAAGCCUCAGAGCACAUAUAACAGACAUAAGUUGGGUUUUUUUCUUUCAAAUGUAUUGCAAACUGUUUGCCAAAACAGUGAUAGCAAUUUACACUGUCACCAAUAUGGUAUACCUGUUUGACCACAAUCUAGUCAGCACUGGCUGUUAAUUUUAAUACUUCUGAUUUACUAGGUUUAAGAUGGUACUUCUUAACUAGCGUUUUAUAAAUAACUUGUGGGAUUGAAUAUUUUGCCAUUAUGUACUAAACUUAUUUCCUCUGCUACAAAUGUUCUACUUGUUUGCUUUCCAAAUUUUUGUCUUAUCCUUGUAUAUAAUUUUGCUCUUUGAAAAAUAUUAAAUUUUUAUGAAUAAUGUUGUCAUUCUUUGAUUAGAGGGAAGACAUUAAGAGGAAUGGGGACAUUUAUUUCACACACCUGCAGUCAUAUGAGUAACAUCUAUUUAGCUCUUUCUAUAUUUCAGACACUAGUCUCACUUGCAUGUAUUUUCACAGUUAAUCCAUUAAAUUCAGUGAGGUAAGUACUGUUAUCAGCAUUAUUAAUUGAGGAAACUGAAUUGAGCAGAGAAGUUAAGAAAGUUGCCCACAGCAAUAAUAUAGUUAGUGAGUGGCAGAGCCAAGAUACAAAUCUUGGCAGUUGGUCUCCAGAACCUAUGGUAACACUACCUCUCUGACAGCUUAAACAUUUGUAGUUAUUGUACAUAAUACAUUUAAGAGAUACCUGGAUGAGCAAGAUGCACAACAUAUGAAAAUAUCUUUAAAAAGAACCUCAAACAUUUGAAGAGGAUUUCUUGUGGUUUUGUUUGGGCAGUUCAGGUGCCCCAACAGCAAAUGCAAAGCAUAGAUGUGACAAUCCUCUUCUACGGUGGUGCAAUAACCUAAAGGCCCAUAUCCCACACUCAUGUCAUCUUCAGCCCAGGCAGUUUUGUUUCUUUUUGAUCUGUGUGCCUUUUGUUUCCUUUUCUCACUUCACUGACUUGAACUUCUAGCACUGUGUUGUAUAAGAGUGAUAAGAACUGGCCUCUUUGCCUUUUUCCCAAAAUUAAGAGGAAAGCAUUCAGUCUUACACCGCUGAGUAUAAUGUUAGCUGUAGGCUUUUUGACAGAUGUUCAUUAUCAAGUUAAAGAAGUUUCCUUCUAUUCCUAGUUUGAUCAUGGUUUUGUCAUGGGUGGGUGUUGAAUUUUGUCAAAUGCUUUUUCUGCAUUGAUUGAUUGCUAUGAUCAUGUAACUUCUAUUACUAGUCUGUUAGUAUUCUGAAUUACAUUGCCUGAUUUUUGAAUGUUAAACCAAUCUUGUAUCCCUGGAAUAAACGCCA